CAGGAAUCUUUCUGUUUGGAGUGUAAAGCGGCUGGUUUUUGGAAAUGUCGUGAGUGAAUCAUGAGCAGCGGCUCCGUUUCUCCCGCUCUCCUCUUUGAGGACGUGUGGAAGCAGCUAAAAGAGUGUCACCAGAGCGCUCUCCAAGAAUUGGAGGCAAAAGUGAACAAGCUGAAAAAAGACCGCUGUCUAGACGCUCAGAAGCUUGAGGUGUUUUAUAAUCGGAACCGUCAGCUGAAGGAGCAGAACACAGCCCUGCUGGAGGCCAUCAGCCACCUGGAGGACAGGCUUCGAACAGGAGAAUGCAAACAGUGCGCCUUGUUAAAGGAGAACCACAGAAACAGUCAGGAUCAGAGUCUGCAGAUCAUCUCUAAACUCGAGAGUGAAAGAAAUGCGUUGGAGGAUGAAAACAGAAAACUGUUCACUGAACUGCAGAAGACGAAGAUGCAGUGCUCUGGCAGCUCCUCGGACCAGGAGGACGGCAUCAUCCCAGACUCGCCCGUCCUGACCAGCUCGCUGACCGCGGGAAGCAAGCUGAGGAAGCACAAAAACACUGACAAGAAGAAGAAGAAGAACAUUCGCUACAUGGAGAAACCUCUGCCGUGGUCUCACAAGUCUCUGUUCAACGAGCCGGUUUGCAGCAUGAAGAAACACGAAGAGGCUGAAGUGCUGGUGGUGAACACCUGUGAGGAGGACGCAGCGUCGCUGAUCUCAACUGUGGACGAUGAUGAGGAGGAGGCGAUUGCAGAAACAUGUGCUUUUGAUCUUCUUGCCAAACAUCCAGUGAAAUUGGAGAUGACUACAAGUCAGCAGAACAAGCAUGACAGUCAUUUAAAUCCUGACUCGACCGCUGAGCUGGCCGUCUCCUCACGCUGCCUGCAGGCCGGUGAUCGCACGGCCAAGCAGACGAAGCAGGAAAGAAACGCAGAACAAAUCCAGGAAGCGGCGGACUCGCAGAAGGAAGAUAGACGCACGCAGCCGGAUCUGAUGAGCAAGAGCAGCGUGUUCGGGAGGAAUCGCAGUUCCAAGAGGGAGCCGCCGGAUGACGAGGUGGAACCGAGACGAUCUAACACUGCCAGCCUAAAUCCCUGCCGGAGUCCUGUGUUUAAGAAGCCGAAAGGGACGUUUAACAGGGAGUCUGAGGCUGCUGGGAUGAGAAGGCCUCUUCAGGAGAAUCCCAAUGCGUCCAGCCUCGACACGAGGCCCACGUGGAGCGUUGACCCGGCGCUCGCUCUGUCCGUGGACGACAGUGAGAGAAGAGACGAGGAGGAGGAGCCGACCGACACAGACUGCACCUGGGUCAGUCACAGCAUGCUUCAGGGUCGAGGAAAUGGACUCUCCACUGAGGGACUGGGCCAGAAGGCAAACGACAGCCUGGAAAUGAUGUUUGACAGAACAACUGAUGGGGAGUACAGGUCCUUCAUCGGGGAGAGCCAGCCCUGCGAUGAUGAUGAUGAAGAGGAAGAGAAGCAUGAAGAGGCGGAUCGCCCUGGAAAGUCCGAAGCUCAAACGCCGUCGUUUCCGCACAUCGCCGUCGUGCGCAGGAAGGACGAGCGAAGGAAGCUGAAGGGCACCACCUGCAAGGAGUGUGAAAUUUAUUACUCCCAUCUGCCGGAGGAGCAGAGGCGGCAGAAGCUGGCUGCUUGCUCCAGGCACCGCUUCCGCUACAUCCCCCCCUGCACCCCCGACAACUUCUGGGAGGUCGGCUUUCCUUCCACGCAGACGUGCAUCGAGAGAGGAUACAUCAGGGAGGAGAAGAAGCCCGGCGAGCGCCUGCGGAGACGGAGGCCGUUCUGCGCCUUGUUCUCCCCGAAGAGCAGCCAGGAGCCCAGCUGAGAGGCUCCUCCCACCUCGCGCCGGGUGAUCCAGAGCUGCAGGACGUCCGUCUGCUUCAGCCACAGGGCGACUCGGGCUCAUUUCCUUAUUCUUUACACACACUGGGUUUGCACCAGCGACUGCCUUUGUUAGUUGUUUUUUUUCCUCUCUCAGGCACUACGUUUUGUAUAAAUAAAAACUGAAACUGU